AUGGCGUCUGCUGAUCUGAGGAAGGAGCUGGAAUGUUCCGUCUGUCUGAACAUUUAUACAGAUCCUGUAACCCUGAGAUGUGGACACAACUUCUGCCGGGACUGUAUUGGCCGUGUGUUGGAUACACAGGAGGAGUCUGGAGGUUAUUCCUGUCCUGAAUGCAGAGAAGAGUUCCAGGAAUGUCCUGCACUGAGGAGGAACAUAACACAACGUAACAUAGUGGAGAACUUCCAGUCUACCCAUCCAGAGCAGGAGGAGUCCGGGGUCUUCUGUACUCACUGUAUUCACACUCCUGUACCGGCUGUGAAAUCCUGUCUGCUGUGUGAAGCUUCUCUGUGUGACAACCACCUGAGAGUCCACAGCAAGUCACCAGAACACGUCCUAUGUGACCCCACCACUUCCCUGAAGGACAGAGAUGCUCCAUCCAUAAGGAACUACUGAAGUAUUACUG